AUGUCAAAAACAUUAAGAAAAAAAAUGAAGCUUGACGGAUUAUUUUCAAACACGCCAUUUCUUCUUUGUUGUGAGACAUGCUUUAGAGAUUUUGCCCAUCAGGUAAAGGCAACACAUCAAUGCAGAAAUUGUGGUUUGAAGACUUGUGUCUUGCACUCUAAAUAUCAUGUCAAAUAUGUUCCUCAUCAUGUUGUUUCUCUAAUUGAGGUUGAAAAUGUAAAUGAAUCUUCAGAAGAGGAAGAAUCCGAUUCAGAUUCUUGUAAGUGUUGCUAUGAAAAGUCUCAAACAUUCGAAACUCCAAGAGAGAGUGAACCACCAUCAAUCAUUAGAACAAUUAAUGAAAAUUUGAGAUCGCCAAUUAGACCAUCCUCAGCUGGCACCAGUUCAAGAAUUUAUUCUAAAUCUCCUCUCAUCUCUAGAGCUAGCAGAGUAAUCAAUGAAGAUUGCAGUAGAGCUAGUUCAAGAUUGGACAAUGAUGCAUUCAAGAGAGCGGCAAGUCCUAGCAGUAGACAAGUAAAUCGUCUUGAAAAGAAGAAUCUAGAACACGUUCAAAAGGCGUACGAGCUAAAAUCUCAAUUCGAACAAUUGAAAUCAGAGCUCAAAGAUUGGCAAUAUGAGAAUUCUCUUUUAUCCGAUUCUCUCAUGUAUGAAAUUGAAAAUGUAGAUAAUGAAAGAUUGAGACUGGAAUUGGAAUGUAAACAUGUUUUCCAAAAAUUGAGAAGUAUUCUCAACGACAGAGAAGAUAUUGUCCUUUCUAAUAUACAUCGUGUUAGUAAUGAUCAAAAGGAUAAUGUUAUGAAGAUUAGUUCACUAAAGAAUAGUUUGAAAUUAAUCAUUACAGAUCUGGAUUCAGUAAGUGAGGAUUUAUAUGAGGAGGGAUCUAGCACUCAAUUUGUACUCAUUGAAAGAAAGUUGAAGAAAUUAAAUUCCACAAUUGAAGUGUUGAAAUAUCAGUGCCAGGUUAAGAAGGUAAAUUCAAUGGAGAAGAAUUACUUGAAAUUCAUUCCACAUAUUCAUCAAUUAGAGGAACAAAUUAAGAAUAUUUGCCAAUUACUCAAUGGUGAAGGUAAAAUAAUUGGCUACUAG